AUGACCCUCUUCACUUUAGAUUCUAGGGUACGUGUUCAGGUGACGGAUCCAGAGCAGACACACUACGAAGUACCUGAAAGGGUCUUCCCGCGACCACCAUCCACCGAAGCUCUCAGGCCGAAGGUCAAGUUUCGGUUUGCAGCGAGUCCAUUUAGCUUCUCAAUCGUUCGGGUGGAUACGAAUGAGGUUCUCUUUGAUACCUCGGCUGCACCGUUGAUCUUCGCGCCACAGUAUUUGCGCUUGAAGACGACACUGCCUCUGAACGCGAACAUAUAUGGACUAGGAGAACAUACGGAAUCUUUUCGAUUACCCAUAGAGCAGGGUGUUACGCGUACCCUUUGGGCACGAGAUGCCAUCCGUAUUCCAACGGGCACAAACCUCUACGGUGCACAUCCGAUCUAUGUUGAGCAGCGACAUACGGGGGCUCAUGGGGUAUUCCUUCUCAAUUCGAAUGGGAUGGACGUCAAGAUCAAGAACGACUGUAGCCACGGAUCGCUGGAGUACAAUGUCAUCGGGGGCACUCUGGAUCUAUACUUCUUUGCCGGACCAACACCAGUGGACGUGGCUCGGCAAUCUGUACAAGUAGCCGGACUCCCUGUCGAGUUUCCGUACUGGAGCUUUGGGCUGCAUCAAUGCCGUUUUGGCUAUAAAGAUAUCGAAGAAGUCAGACAAGUCGUUGCCAACUACAGUGAAGCAGGGAUUCCUCUGGAGACAAUGUGGAUUGAUAUCGAUUACAUGGACGACCGCUUGGUUUUCACGACCGAUCCAGUCGCGUAUCCAAAGGCAGAGGUCUAG